AUGUGGCUUGGGAGAGGUACGACAGUUUUUAUGAGAAAUAUAUUACGAAGACCUUGCCAAAAGGCGAACUUGAUCGUGUGCAAGACAGGUACAAAAAUAGUAGUUCAGUAUGAAGAAUGCACAAUAAGAAUUAAUGAUUGUUUAACGCAAAUGAAGAAAACGAAUACUAAAGGAGAGUCAGCUAAAUCAGCGCCUUCUUCGAAACAAUCGAGAUUAAAAGAUUUAAGAAGGGAUAUCAAAAUGAAAAAGUUAAUAUUAGAGCAAGAGCAAGAACUGGCACAAUUUGAACUUGACAUGGAGGAAAGAAAAUUGAACUGGAAUUUGAAAGGAAGAAAAGAGCAUGCGAACAAAAAUUUCAGAUCCAAAUGGCCGAGAAAGAGGCUCAGCUUUUAGAAGAUGAUAGGAGCGAUAGCAGAAGCCAACGUUGUCUGGGGGGUAAAAGUGGUUUUGAGUUUCUACCGACAAUGAGUGAUAAAGAAAAGAUCGAGAAAUGGAGAGUGAGCUGUGCUGAUAAGACUAAAAAGCCCAAACACGACCAUGAGCAGAGCGGGAAAAGAUCCACUAGGGGAGGGGUGCAAGACGCCUAAGAACAAAGCUCAAAGGGACAAGCCUGUUGUUGAGGGUAAUCAGACUUCAGCUAUCCUGCUAAAGCUAACAAUGCUUCUGGGAAUGCACCCUAUGAAAUUCUCAGGAAAACCCAAGUGAUUACCCAACCUUCAGAAACAGACUUCGAGCCAAUUUGGAGAAUGGAAUCUUGAAAGACAGUCAGAAAUUAGAAUUUUCUUCCCAAGUUUUUGUCUGGCGAAGACAAUGAAGUAGUCGAGAGAGUCUGGGGAUGUUCAUACGAUUCAGUCCUAAGAAUUUUACACGAGUGCUAUGGUCAGCAAGUCGCUGCAGCGUGUAUAGAAGGUUUGACAAAGGGGCCAAAGCUGCACAAUAAUGACUAUACUGGUUUACUUAAUUUCGCUGAGCUUGGGAGAAGUUUCAUACAGCAUUCGGGAAAAGGGAGGAAUCCCACGGCUGUCAGAUCUUUCAAAGUUUGUCAGGCGUCAGGUGGCAAUUAAGAAUGAUCUGGGAUUUGUGAAAAGAAGCCGGAAAAGCAGAACGCAAUGAUUAUCAAGGGGCCGACAUUGAAUUCAAGAGGGCACACUAGAGUAUUUCAUACAGACCUCAAAGCCGGAGGCUUAAGCAUUAAUCAUCAGAACUCUGAGAAACGCAACCUUAGGCAAUGCUUGCGCUGCUCUAAGGACCAUGAGCUUGCUGAGUGUGAGCAAUUUAUAUCUGAUGAAAUUCAAGCUUGCUGGGAUAUAGCUAUGCAUGUCAACUUGUGCCAUGUCUGUUUGAAAUCGGGUCAUAUGCAAGGUCGGUGUGAAUCGAGAAUCUUUUGUGGUUGUGGACGUGACGGGCGACAUCACAGAUUGUUGUAUAAUCCCCCUGGACUAAGAGACACCAAUACGGCACAGGAUCCCCAUCUGGACAGACAAAGAGAGAUACAGGCAGCACAGGCCGACAUCCAGUACAAGGAUCAAGGGACGCAAUUUCCUCAAAAUCCAAGAGCGAUGGAACAGUAUGCAACCAUUAGAGAAGCUCCUUCAAGAACUAUUUUAUUGCACCUUGUGCCAGUUAAAGUAAUUGCGCCGGGUGGUUCUUCACUAACAACUUACGCAUUACUAGACAAUGCUUCUCGAGGAACUAUUAUCACCAAGAACAUUGCGAACAGUCUGGCUUUAAAAGGACCGCUACAGCUUGUGUACGUGAACACUGUUGUAGAGAAAACGAGCAAACAUUUCCAGUUGGUGCGGUUCAAGUUGCAGUCAGCUACAGGGACAGGAGAAAUUAUCAAAGUUGAAGAGGGGCUAGUGUCAGAAAAGUUCAAUAUACCAGAAAGGUGUCUUAUUGAGGACAUUGAUAACAGUUGCUAUCCCCACCUGAAAGAUACAGAGAUUCCUGAGGUUUAG